CUUGGGAGAGCUGGCUUCAGGGAACGGGCGGCGGCUCCACUUAGGGAUUCCUGAGGCCGUGUUUGUGAUGCAGAACCCAUGAAUGCAGAGGGCUGGCUGUAUAUUAGUUUCUGAGAUGAUGGGAAGCAGUAUACUGGACUGGAUAGAACUCAGACUUCGCCAUUUCCCCAUUCCCAGUGGUGCAGUAAUUUGUUUUCUUUUUCUACUUGAAUUGUCCCUUUUUCCUGUUGUCCAUUUUCUGACCUCUUCGUCUCUCAACAUCUAGUUCAGGAAGAUGUGGAUUCCUUUAUGAAACAGCCUGGGAAUGAGACUGCGGAUGCAGUACUAAAGAAGCUGGAUGAGCAGUACCAGAAGUAUAAGUUUAUGGAACUAAACCUUGCUCAGAAGAAAAGGAGGCUAAAAGGUCAGAUUCCUGAAAUUAAGCAGACUUUAGAAAUUCUAAAAUACAUGCAGAAGAAAAAAGAGUCCACCAAUUCACUGGAGACCAGAUUCUUACUGGCAGAUAAUCUGUAUUGCAAAGCUUCAGUUCCUCCUACCGACAAAGUGUGUCUGUGGUUGGGGGCUAAUGUAAUGCUUGAAUAUGAUAUUGACGAAGCUCAGGCAUUGUUGGAAAAGAAUUUAUCAACUGCCACAAAGAAUCUCGAUUCUCUUGAGGAAGACCUUGACUUUCUUCGAGAUCAAUUUACUACCACCGAAGUCAAUAUGGCCAGGGUUUAUAAUUGGGAUGUAAAAAGAAGAAACAAAGAUGAUUCUACCAAGAACAAAGCAUAAUUCUGGCAAUGAAAAAUGUGGUUCAGUUUUCCAAACAUGUUCUUUUAAAUAUUCCAAAGUUUAUUUGUAAAGGUUGACAUUAGUUUGAAUGUUUUUUUUAAAACAGUAAGAAUGAUAAUUAAAACUUUAAAAAGAAAUAAACACCAACACCAUUUUAUUUAUUUAUAAAAACAAAAUUAGUUUCAAAUAUUUUAUGGAAUUAGCAGUAUUUUUAUUUUUUUUUUGGUGCAUUUCCAACAAAUUAAAUGCUACUUUCAUCAUUGUUUGUUUUUCAUAAGAAAAGUCUUAGUUCAAAUGGCUGAAAACUGAUGGAGGCUGAAUUCUGGACACUUUAGGACAAUUUACUUCUUCUUUAUUAGCUGAUGUUACUCUCACUUGAAUAUUUGCAAACUUGCUUUUCUUUAAUACAUGUGGGGCUUUAUGGUCCUCUGUUGCUGUUAUUUAUUAUAAUAUUCUGUACUUUACAGGAAAUGGUCUUUUGCCUUCCUAAAUAUUAAGAGGGCUAUUAAGACAAUACUUUUUCUUAUCCUCUGUAAGUGCACAGUGUCUUUGCAAUGCCAGCAUAAGGGAGAUUUCAGCCAGCAUGAAAUAACAAAAUUACCCACUCAAAACUCUUGGCUAAGGUGAUUUUGUAGUCCUCCAAAGCAGCUGAACAGGAAUAUUAAGAUUAAAAUCAGUGGUUGAAAAGACUUGUGUUUUUUAUUCAAAACCUUAUAGGAAUAGUAGUGGGUGAUACAGAUUCUGGUGAAAACACAAAUGUAUUAUUCCAUCUCCAUGUAGCAAAAAGUAUACUUGUACAAUGUUUUGUACUUGUAUUUCAUGAUAUUAAAACUGAAGUUAAAACUGG